GGGCCGUAUAGAGGCUAUAUAUUGUCAUAUAUCAUAUAUCAUUCCUUCUGAUCUACAAGUUUGCCAUGACAAUCUGUGGGUCCUACUUAAUUUUAUUAUUGUUACUACCAUGAAUUUCCUCGGUACAUAUUUAUUAUUAUAAACAAUUAAAUGUUUUUGAGUUUGUAAAUAAUGAGUUUUAAAAUAGUAUCGAUGUGUUGCGACAUUAUUAUUCUUAAUGACAUUAAUAUUGAUGUGAAAAAAAUUACAGUUCCUAAAAUGACGUGGUGAAAAAAUAUAUAAAUCACUUUUGUUCAACACUUGGCCGCUACAGUUAAAGAAUGGCUGAAGGUAAGAAUACUGAUGAAGCUUGGAGAAAAUCUAAGACAGAAGAUAGAAAUGGACUUUUCAAUGCUGAUACUGCGACAAGUUCAGUUGAUUCAAAUUCUACAUCUUUAGCUGAUAUAUUUGAUACGGCUUUUUCCUCAACGGUUGAUCCUACACCUCAAAGAUGUCCUGCUGGUACGGAGAUGGAAUAUGAACAUUUAUUUGCGGAGAGUGAUAUUGAAGAGGCUGAUUCACAAAAUCGCGUUGACUCAUUCACAAAUCAACCGGCACAACACUCGACAGCAUCUAAUAAUCUUGUCUUUUCAUCAUAUAGAUCACCAUCAGCUCCAAUAGCUGAUCCACGAUAUUGGCGUGGGGUUCGUAUUAAUAAUUGUAACAUGUGUCGAACAAGAUCACGAAGAGAUCAAGUAACACAGCCAUUGGAUAAUUUAUGCGACGAAAGAGCUUGUGCUCACUAUCGUCGUAAAAGAAUAUUGUAUGACAGAGAAUUACCAACAAAGCAUAAAACAAAGAAAAAUGAACCUCAUAAAUUAGAUAAUAAUAAUCAACAAGCCAAUAAUUUAAGUGUUGCUGGACCAUCAAGACUUAUUGAUACUCCUGUUGAUUACAGCAUAACCGGGUCAGCCAACCACGUCACCGAUACAAUAGACGACAACUCCAACAACAAUCUAACAAGACAAGUAACCAAUGAUAGGUCUUCAAUCCAGUCUAGUGCUGCUUCUGCUCAAAUAUCACCAGGGGCUUCUCAUCAAACGACUAAUCACGAUGAUAUUCCUUCAGCACCGGAUUUGCAAUUAGAUUGGUCUUCGAGUAGUGAAAGCGAUGAUGAAGAUGGAUCAAUUCAAGUUCUUGAGACUGUUAAUUACAGCAAUAAACAAAAUACAAAUCAAGAUAAUGAACAGAGUGAUCGUACUGUGACUAUAGUAGAUUUAACUGCUGAAUCUGAUGAUGAAAAUCAUGCUCAUUCAACUGCAACAAAUCCUGUACCAUCACAAGUUCAAGAAAAUACAGCUCUUAGAAAUAGUUCUUACUGCGUUCAUCGACCACCGGAACAUCCUCGCAUAAUUCCUCACGGAGUUCCUCAUGUACAUCAAGAUCAUCAUCAUCGACCUCCAUAUCAAGAUGCGCCUGGAACAAUUGGUUUAUCAGGCACAAGAAUGCAUCCGGUGUAUCAACGCAUGUGGGUUCUUCAGCAACGCAUACAAGAAAUUCAUCGGCGUCGACUUUAUCAACGUUCACCAGCAGUACACACUUGUACACCACCAAAUGCUCAUAUGUAUCAACCGGCUCGAUUUGUAACGGACGAAAAUUCUAGCCCAAGCAGUCUUCCCAGAAUGUGUUGUGCAGCCAACGAUAGUGGAAAUCAUGUAGAUAAUUAUCCUCAACAUCCUGUCCUACCGCCUCCACAACAACCUACAGUAUACAGCCACCCAGAAGCUAGUGGACCUGAAUCUUAUGUAACAAGUUCUUCUAUAUUUCCAUCUUCAUUGUUGAAUUCAGUUCGUAAUCCAGAAGUAGAAGCCCCUACACCUGAGGCUAUGCAUCCAAUGCCUGUUCAUCAACAUGUGCAUCAUCAUAUGUAUCAUUGGCCCCCGCCGAUGGGAAGACCACAUCUUGCUCGUAUGCCACACGUACAUAUUAUAUCACCACAUAUACAAAAUAAUGUACCACCUGAUAUGAUACCAACAUAUCCAGUACCAUUGUCUGACUUUGUUUUUCAAACAAGGCAUAUGAAUACAAACUUAGAAAAUUAUAUGCGUAUUGUUGAUUUGCGACGAAUGUCUCAUAUAAGUUGUGGUGCAACACAAGAGUCUAUCGAAAACCACACAUUCCCUCAUAAAUACAAACGCGUUAAAAAAGUUGAAAAUGGAGAAGAUGCCAUGGAAAAGUGUACAAUAUGUUUGUCAGAAUUUGAGGAUUUUGAAAGUGUCCGAAGACUUCCGUGCAUGCAUUUAUUCCACAUAGACUGCGUGGAUCAAUGGCUAUGUACUAACAAACGAUGUCCAAUUUGUCGAGUCGAUAUUGAAACGUUUCUUCAUAAAGAACUUGCAGCAGCUGUAUAGCUUAAGGUCGGUAAUGUUUAUCAAUAACUAUCGUAUAUUAAUAUCUUGUUUAUUUAUUGUUUAUCAAUAUACAUUUAUUAUCGACGGCCUUACAUUUCCAUGGAUUUAUAAAACUUAAUGCAAUAAUUAAGAGUUUUAUGUUGAGAACAAAAUCGUAUUAAAUCAAAACAUACGAAACAGUAAAAUUUAAAAUAAUUAUUUUAUGAGAUAUUCAUUAAAAUAAGCUCAGAAAUAAUAUUUUGUAAAUAAUAUAUUGUAUAUAAUUAUUUAGCUAAAAUUCAUAAUGAGCAAUUAAUAAAUGCAGUAAUAAUUGUCGAAAAAAAAAAAAAAUGCAUCAUGAUUUAGCGUUAAAAAUAAAAUUAUAAGCGAAGACUGCAAUUUGAUUUAUUUAUUUAAAAUCUAGACAUAAAUUUAUAAUGAAUCAUUAUAAAUUUAUUAUUAGAUUAUAACAGUAGGUGUUUAAAAUAAUAUAUAAUGAAUGUGUAUAAUUAGAAUUAUAUCAUAUCUUAAUAAAAUUAUACUACCAUUUCCUACAAGCUUAUGAAAAAAUUUUUGCACAUCAAUUUGUUGAUUUCGCCGAUGGUGCUAUGAUUAAUAUCUAUAGCGAUAUUGCUAUAAAAAUUAUAUAAAGUACGUAACAUUAUCUCGAAAUAAAUAUGUAAUAGUAAUAAUAAUAAUAACAAUUAUAAUAGUAA